CUUCACACCCUUGGACACGCUCCCCGCGUUUGUUGUGAAGAGUGGCCUGGCUACACGUCACGAGAUUCCACUCUCCCAUCUACUCCUCUCUUCACCCCCCUUCUUCCUCCCCCUCCUCCGCCCUUCCCUCGACCCUCGACAUCGCUACAUCUCUUCCAGUCCUCGAGGUUCGGCACCCUGUUCCCCCCGAACAGUCGCCAUGACGUCUCGAAAAACGCAGCAGGAGAUCGACAAGACCUUCAAGAAGGUCGCCGAGGGCAUCCAGACGUUCGAGGGCAUCUACGAGAAGAUCCGAUCGUCGACAAAUAUCACUCAACGGGAUAAGCUCGAGGAGAAUCUGAAGCGAGAGAUCAAGAAGCUUCAACGAUAUCGGGACCAGAUCAAGUCAUGGGCGUCCGGAAACGAGGUCAAGGAUAAGGGGCCGCUGAUGGAACAGCGAAGGGCCAUUGAAACCUGCAUGGAGCAAUUCAAAGCCGUCGAGAAGGAGAUGAAGACGAAAGCAUACUCGAAAGAGGGACUCUCGGCCGCGUCGAGGUUAGAUCCCAAGGAGAAGGAGAAAGUCGAGUGCUGCGACUUCCUGGCGACCAUGGUGGACGAGCUACAACAGAAGAUCGAGGCCAUGGAAGCGGAAGAGGAGACCCUCCACAUGCAGAUGAAGAAAGGGAAAAAAGACGUCGCCAAGACGAAUCGACUGUCGGACCUCUCACGGUUAACGGAGCGCCAUAAGUGGCACGUCAACAAAUUGGAACUGUUGCUACGGUCGGUGCAGAACGGCAAUCUCGAGGUGAACCAGGUGCUGGACAUCAAGGAAAGCAUCAAGUACUACGUGGAGGACGGCCAUAACAUCGACUACUCCGGGGAGGACGAGACGCUGUACGACGACCUCUCGCUGGACAACGAGGCGGAGGCGCAGUUCGGCAUCGCGGGCGACAACGAUCGCGUAUCAUCCCAGGACACGCAGUCGGUGCAGGACGACGAGCCGGAGGUGGUGAAGCCGCCCAAGCCCAAGAGCGAGAGUGUGGGACUUCGACGACCGUCGGCGCAGAUGAAGUCGCCUCUACCCGUGCUGGCCACCCUGCAAACCGCGACGGCGACGAGCGCCACCUCAGGCAUGAAACCGGCACCGCCACCAACCCGCCUGCCCGGCGAGACGCUCAAGUACGCAUCCGCAGCCGCCGCAGCCGCAGCGAGUGACAAGAACGGCGUGGGCAUCGCACCGCUGCCGCCGCCUCCUGGGGCCAGCCCCGCUUUCCCGGUCGCCGUGCCGGCCACCACCAGCAGCAGCAAAGCGUCGGCCACCGCCUCCCCGAGCGUCGCCUCUGCACAACCUGCACAACCCGCACAACCCGCCUCCAAGCCCACACCGCCCGUCACGAUAGCUGGCGACGACCAGCAGCCCGCCGCCGCCGCCGCCGCUGCUGCUGCUGCUGGCCGCUCCAAAACUCCCGCGGUCAGCCCGCACGUCGCCGCCGCCAGCACCUCCUCCUCUUCCUCCUCCCACGCCAUCGCCAUGGACAAAGCGGAGCCUGCCGAUGCGAAGGAGCUCUCCGCCGCGACCAACGGUGAGGCGACCAAGGAGGAGCCGUCGCGGGACGGGGACGGGGAUGAGUCGAUCUUCCACCUACCGCCCGGGCUGCAGGAUCUGAUCCAGUCCUUCGAGGUCACGAAGAGUCGCGCGUCAGCCAGUGCGGCCAAUCCGUCGCCGUCCGUGCAGCGCCUGCUGCAGGCCUCUCUCACCAACUGCCCCGAGCCCCCGGAUGCGGAGAAGCCUCGGCACUACAAGCCCCAGAACCCGUACAACACCCCCCUCUACUACCCGCAGGAGCCGCUGCCGAUAUUCGACGACCCGCGGCUGUACGAGACGGGCCGCAUCGACACGGACACGUUAUUCUACCUGUUUUAUUACCGCCAGGGCACGUAUCAACAGUACCUGGCGGCCAAGGCGCUGAAGAACCAGAGCUGGCGCUUCCACAAACAGUACCAGACGUGGUUCCAACGGCACGAGGAGCCCAAGACGAUAACAGAGGAGUUCGAGCAGGGCACGUACCGCUUCUUCGAUUACGAAAGCACAUGGAUGAACCGUCGCAAGGCGGACUUCAAGUUUGUGUACAAGUACCUGGAGGACGAACUGUAAACGAGUAGGUAGAUUUUCAUGCUCAUUGUACAUGGCUGUACCUCGGGUCGGGGCCGGAAUUGCGGCACCGUGCAGAUACGUGGAAAAAGUCCCUCGGUCGGUUGGGUUUGGCUUUUUUUAGCAGGGAUGCGCGGAAAUAAGGGAGUUCAGUUCAAUCGUUGAUUUUUCUAUGCGACUUUGUUGUGUGGGUGUGUUCUGAGGUGACAUCUGUUUUACGAUCUGUUGUUCAUCCUACCGAGGCAUCUGGAGCAUGCAGGGACGCGUCUACGAAUGGGUCUGUGGGACAUGGGCGUUCUUUGCGCUGUUCGGCCAUGCAUGGCGGCUGAUGGGAUGCAGCCAUGACUUCUUAGUGAUACUUGUUGUGACAUUGACUGGCCAUUUGAGAUGGGAAUGCAUCCGCAAGUUCGGACCUGGACUGCCGUAGUUGUUUGUUUGGUGUUUGUGUAA